AUGAUAGGAAAAUUAUUGCUGGCUCGCAAUGGUGCAGUGAAAAGAGUCGCUUUUGUCAAAUUUCCGAGCACUUUUGCUGGAAAAUUACCCACUUUAGACGGUGUGAGGAUUGCCAGAAGCUACUACAAUGGACGCGGAAGGUCUGCGGGAGGAAACUCAAAUAGACGCGAGCGUUGGGCUGGUGGAAGAAAUCGAGCUCCAGCUGGCGACGAUGCCGAAGCAGCAUCGCUACUGCGCGGAUCGAAACUAAAUCAAACCGUUGUACAAGUACCACACGAUCCAAACCAACAGGAAGUGACGCUGGAUGCUCUCAGAGAUGAGGGUGUGUUGCAUAAGGACAUCCACAGGGCCGUAGCGCGCAUGAACUUUGCGAGUUUGACACCCGUGCAGCAAAAGACAAUGAAACCGAUCCUAGCGACCAAAGACGAUGUUAUCGCGCGCGCUAAAACCGGUACUGGUAAGACUUUGGCCUUCUUGGUGCCAAUUUUUGAGCACUUGGUGCAGACGCGCGUCCAGUCUCCAGACAUGGUUAAAUGCGUAAUCGUCGCACCCACCCGAGACUUGGCCUUGCAGAUUGACUCCGAGAUUUCCAAGCUUCAAAGAAACAACCACAGCUUGAAAAAAUUUCGUUCCAUUGCCUUGAUUGGUGGCAGCAACUUCCAGAUGGCUGUGCGCAGGAUGUUCAAGGAAAGACCCAACAUCGUUGUUGCGACUCCAGGUAGGCUCAUCGAUGUUCUUUCCAAAUUUUCGGACGAAUUUUUCAGGUUUGUGGACUUCAAGGUCCUAGAUGAAGCAGACCGUCUUUUGGAGAUUGGGUUCGACGAAGAUCUGCGGGACAUAUCGAGGACAUUGAAUACUUUGAAUGCAGAGGGUCCCGAUCACAUCAGAACGCUUCUGUUUUCCGCCACUUUGGGUGAUAACGUGCAGAAGUUGGCGGGUGGCAUCAUGAACAAAGGGCAAUGCCUGUUUUUGGACACGGUUGACAAGAAUGAACCCGAGGCUCAUGAAAAGAUUGAGCAAAGCUUGGUUAUUUCUGAAACCUUUGCCCACAACAUGUAUGCGCCAAUUUCGGCAAUCAAGGCUCGCUUGGAAUUGAACACUCCGCUCAAAGCGAUUCUGUUUGUGCCAACCGUUAAAUUCACCAAGUUUUAUAGUAACGUUUUGGAGAGAAUGUUUCCAUCCUUGCCAAUUUAUGAAUUUCACGGUAAGAUCGACCAGAAGAAGAGAACUCGAAUGGUGCAGCAAUUCAAACGCGCCCAUGAGGGCUUGUUUGUAUGCACUGAUGUCGGUGCUCGUGGUAUGGACUUCCCCGGUGUCGAGGAAGUUUUUCAACUAGGUGUUCCAUCUGAAAUCUCCAAUUAUAUUCAUCGUAUUGGAAGAACUGCCAGAGGUGGUAAAGAAGGGAGAGCCUCCAUUUAUCUUUUCAAGGAUGAACUUUCUUUUAUAGACACUUUGUCAGCCGAAAAGGGUGUGAACAUCAAAGAUCAGAAAGACUUUGUUCCCCAGCCAGCAGAUGCUGAAGAAUUCAAGCAAUGCAUGCGUGACGAAUUUUUGUUCAAAGAUGGCUUAGAAUCAAUGUUGUCUUUCUAUAAAGGUUGCGAGCAAGCUUAUGGUUUCCGUAUGCCUCGCGUAGCUCGUCAACUUGCCGGUUCGUACGGUGAAUCUCUAUUGGAUACCACCAAGAAAUUACAAAUUAGCCGUGACAUAGCCAAUAUGAGAUAUGGUUUGCGAGGAAGAAUCGUCGAAGAGCUAUUCGAUUCCGGCUCACCUAGACACUACCAAAGUAAUUCUUACGAUGGCUAUGAUAGAGGUGAUAGAUUUGACACCCGCAGGAAUGGAGGGAAGCAAAGAUACGAGUCUCGUGGUAAAAGCUACAGUGGGACACGCGGACGCUGGGACUCUAACAAUGAUAGCAAGAGAUUCAGCGACAGACGUAACCAGGGCUACAGUAAGGGCCAAAAUCCAAGAAUCGAGACUGAUUAA